AUGAGUCAGGCGAGAGUAUUUUCAACGUGUUCUCAAGUUGACGGUGCCUCUGAAGAUCAGUCGAUUUUGGAGGAGUUGGAGGCACUGUCGUCCAUCUACGGUAGUGAAUUCUUCAUCGUUGAACCGGAAAGUCAUGUCUACGCCAUUCGCAUUUCAUCACCUUCAGACAGUGAAUGUGACAACCAGUCCGCUACGCUGCAGUUUCGCUAUCCGCCCGGAUACCCUACCAAGGAGCGCUUGGUUUAUGAACUCCAGAUACCAUGGUUACGCGGACCUCUUUUUGAUCGAAUUCGGGAUGAGCUGGCAGAGCAAGUCUCUGCUGCAGAUGGCUUACCGGUGGUCCACUCUCUCGUGGAGUCGGUCCGUAUGUUUCUAGAUUCCAUACCCAAAAAUAGCAAUGAUCAAACACAUUGCGGAAAUCCCAAGGGUUCUUGCGAAUGCUCCGCAACUUACGGUGUUGCUCAAAAUGUUGUUCCUUCUGUUCAAGCACACUUGAACAGUUUACCUUCACUUAUGCCUGUAGCCCAUGAUUCGAAACCGCUGGAACUAUUUCAUGGCGAUCCACUUGUUGACAGGAAAAGCGUUUUUCAGGCUCAUUGCUGUCGCGCGAAAACAAUCGGUGAAGUAUCUCGAUUUAUUUCUACCUUGCUUGAAGACCGCAAAAUUUCUACCGCUACGCAUAAUAUCCUCGCCUGGCGCAUACUAACUCGACCCGAUGGUGCGGCAUCCUCUGUAGUGCAUGCAGACUGCGACGAUGAUGGAGAAACACACGCUGGGUCCAGGUUGCUUCACCUGUUGACCAUCUCUAGUGUGGAGAAUGUAGCCGUGAUGGUAUCGCGGUGGUAUGGAGGAAUUCAACUUGGCCCUGACCGUUUUAAGCAUAUCAACAAUGUGGCGAGACAACUUUUGAUGGCUCGUGGUUUUCUGGGUAGGCAAAUGCCACUGGAGGAUUCGAAGUCUCGAAAGUCGAGAAAUAAGAAACAUAAGUAGAGCUUCGAUUGGCCGAAUUUCGGGUGUUACGCCCUUUACGUCUUUCGAAAACACUAAGCCAUUCUUUUUUCGUACAUAAGGUCCAGUCCUUGAAGCAAACUGUAAUGAUGUCACGUGUAAAUAGUACUGAUGUUUUCAAAUACAUAACUAUAUACAAGCUGC